CGCACAAAACGUUGCAAAACAAAGUUAGAGAAUAAGAAAAUUGAGUUGCGUCGCAAGUUUAAAUCAUGUUUUUAGUUCAUAGUUUUAUUUUCAUUACUCUUAACUUUUGGUUGGCAGACACAAGACACAUUCAAUUCUAUUUAAAUGGAUACGAAUGCUUUUAUCAUGAAAUAAAAACUGGCACAAAAUCUUCAGUUGAAUAUGCUCCUAUAAGUGGUUCAAAACCUCAUGUCGAUGUUACUAUAGAAGAUCCGAACCAACAUGUUUUUUAUAGGAAGACACAACAAGAAUAUGACUAUAUAAAGUUCGAAACCAACGUUACCGGAACGUAUCGCGUUUGUUUCAGUAACAUUUACGACUUGAUGAUGUAUAGUAACGUCGUUUAUUUUGAUUUUGUUGUGGGUGAAGAAGGCAAAAUGGUUCGCCUCGAUGAUAAAUCUACGACACCCAUGACCCAGGUAGAAUCGUCAAUUGUAAAUAUCUACGAUGCGAUGAAAGUUGUUGAGCUUUAUCAAAACCAUCACCGCAUUCGAGAAGCAAACGGUCGACUCGUGGCACAAUCGUUAAACAAUAAAGUCAUGAUGUGGAGCCUUGGACAAUCCUUGAUAUUUGUUGUUAUCGCUAUAGUGCAAGUAUUUGUUCUUAGACAAUUUUUUACCACCAAAAAAGAGGAAAUAUAAUUUCAUAACAUAAGAUAUCGACUUUUUUAGGUUUUGCGCAUUGUAUAUCAUAUUAUUGAUAGAGAGUCCGGCCCUUUUCUACAAAAAAACUUCACGUUUUUACGGAAACCGAUACGACCUGGUAAUUAUUGACUAUAGAUUGUAUUUGUCUCUGCUUAACCUGAAUUUCAAGAAAGCCUC